CUUGUUUUUCUUCACACGCCAAAAACGAACUUUAUAUUUUCUUUUGCUAUCUAUCCCCGCCAAACUCAGUACUCGAUUAGUUUUGAGGAGAAUGGCGGUUCCGCUGUUCAAUCUCGCUCCCAACCUCUCAGUUUCAAGGCUCUGCUUCGGGACCAUGACAUUCGGCGAGCAGAACACCUUAUCCGACUCUUUUCGUCUCCUUGACCAAGCUUUUAGCGCCGGAAUCAACUUCUUCGACUCCGCCGAAAUGUACCCAGUUCCUCAGCGUGCCGAAACUCAUGGAAGGAGCGAAGAAUAUCUUGGCCGUUGGAUUCGAGAUAGGAUGAUUUCACGGGACCGAGUCUUCUUGGCCACUAAGGUUUCCGGACCAUCUGGGCUGAUGACUUGGAUUCGAGGUGGACCGAUGUGCUUGGAUGCUAGAAAUAUCACUGAGGCCAUCGACAACAGUUUGUUGAGACUCCGGACAGACUACAUUGAUCUUUAUCAGAUUCACUGGCCUGAUCGUUAUGUUCCCAUGUUUGGAGAAACUGAGUAUGAGUCAACCCGGCAGUUUUGUUCGAUUAGCAUAGAGGAACAACUUGGUGCUCUUGGCAGAGCUAUUGUUGAGGGAAAGAUCAGAUAUGUUGGUCUCAGCAACGAAACGCCAUAUGGUGUUAUGAAGUUCGUUCAGGCAGCUCAAAGAGAUCCAUGCCUUCCAAAAAUCAUAUCUUUACAGAACUCAUACAGCUUGCUCUGCCGAACUUUUGAUUCUGGAUUGGCUGAAUGUUGUCACCACGAAAGGAUUGCCUUAUUGGCCUACAGCCCACUUGCAAUGGGUAUACUCUCUGGGAAGUACUUUUCGCCUGAUGGAAGUCCAGGAGAUGCUCGGUUGAAUAUUUUUAGAGGAAGGUAUUCAGAAGGGGAAUCUAGAUAUAAUCUAUCCAACAAAUUCAUUGAAGCAGCUACUAUGGAGUACCUUGAUAUUGCAAAAAUUUUUGGUCUUAAUCCAGUAUCUCUUGCAAUUGCUUUUGUUUUAAGACACCCUCUUGUUGCUAGUGUCAUUUUUGGAGCUACUAAGUCAUGGCAGCUUCAGGAAAUUCUAAAUGCAUGCCAGGUUGAGCUCACAAAUGAAAUAAUUGAUGAAAUAAACAAAAUUCAUGAAAAAAUUCCUAAUCCCUGCCCUUAGUAUUCAUGUUACUCCACUGUUUUGCUAGGUAGAGACUUAAGAAACCUGAUUCAAGUCAUCUUGCUUUGCAAAUCUUGAGAAUUGAGAUGGAAAAACUAAUGUUUUCUUUUGGAACAAGAAAAAUGUUUGCCUCAAGGUUUUUUGAGAUCCUGAUUUUCUCUUUAUUUGAUUUUUCCCUCCAUGCUUGAGAAAAAAGUUUCAAGUGUCAAUUUUUUUUAGAGGAAAGUGUUAUUAACUUCAAGGAAUAUACCAAUUUUAGUACCUUAGUGUU